CAAACUUGCCACAUCAUGCGGGGUCCCGCAUGAAUCCCUCGGCCGCGAAACACGUACUCAAAACUUUUCCAGCACUAUGUGUAACCCCAGUUCGACACCUUUGUCUUCUUCCACGCCGAUUACGAUUGGGUGCAUAAACUUCCCCUCAAAUCCAGACCCAGAGUCUGACAGCUAUAUCUCGAAGAUCAUAUACUUCUUCGUGCGGUCCGACCGAUGGCACCCUCCUGUGCCUUACGAUACCCGAAACUUAAACCUUUGUUCUCUGGCAAUCGUCCAGGGUGUUCCCUGGAUGCUCUGCAUGUUUAGUUGCGACACCACCAAAAAGUCUCCGCAGCAAGAGCAUAUCACCGCCUUUCCACUUUUUAACUUGAACGGUCAAAUACGAAUCCUAAGAUAUUUCAAUGGCUGUAAUAAGACCCGAACAGAAGGAACAAUAAGAGGAAAUACAGGAAGUGCCUUCCGCUUCAAAGAUAGGUCAUCCUUAUCGCUCGCACUAACAUCUCUCCGCAUCUGCGUUUCAUCAUCGACAAUGCUGGGGGCAUGAUUUGAGUUCUUUGAUAGCAUCUCCAGCCGCCCACCAAGGCCUCCAAGAUCCUCUUCAAUGCAUGCGUCGCAAACCAUUGGUCGGUGCGAAUAUUCUGCAAUAUUUCAACCACAUAUACAUUCUUCAAUCCAGGUCUCCAUUCAACUCGACAUCACAGCAUUCUUCUCGACCAGAUAGCAACACCUUCGGCCCAAUCCUAGGUCUCACUUUCUUCCGCACGUAUCGUAGAGUUGCACGAGCCGAACAGCCGCCACCAGACACGCCACCGGCUGUUUACGAUUCAGGGAUUUGACCGAAUUGUCGUGAGCUCCAAUUCGCAUCUAUGGUUGAUGGGGUCCCGUCGCUUGGGAUUGGGCUCACUCUCAAAC